AUGAGUAUCAAGAAGCCGUAUAAUGAAUUGGGAAACAUUUACCCGCUGUACGUGGUGCCGAAGUCCAUACCCACGACAAUACGCGGGCUUGCGGCCAUUGUGUUGAAGUCUGGGGUCGCUCUCGAGGAGCAGAAGCAAUCGAUCCCUCAGCAACACCAGACUCAAGCAGACAAAGGACGACAGUCUCGCUCACAUACAGGGCGCGGCGGCAAUCAACGUAUCGUAAACGCAGCAACAGAGACCAGACGCGCGAUGGAUGAGGGCUGGUACGUGAGAAUGCGGGCGCGUCACUUCAACGAAUUCGACCAAGUUUACCACUGGGCACAGCAAGCAGAGGAAAAAUGUCGCAGGCAAAAGGAGGAAAUUGAAGAGAUCCGUCAUGAAGCCUCGCAACUGUUACUGCAAAGAGAUGAGCACAUUGCUGAGCUCACGAAACGACUGAAUGACAUGCAGUAUCAUCCGGACAUUCUUAAUGAUGACGAGGUGGUUCGGGAAAUGGCCAAGCUCAGCCAAAAACUGGACGUUUGGGUCAAGGGUAGCUUCAAGGACCCGAGUCUUCUGCAAGAUCUCCCGCAGCUGAAACCCGUUGAUGUGCCGUACAGUAUGGCAACGAUCAACAAGAUGCAGAAUAUGCACCAAAACUGGGCUUUUAUCCGGGCAUUCGUAUCGUCAUAUCUCUUCUACUAUUUCUUUGACAUGUACAUGGUGGGAGUCACAAACCCUGACAUUGAGUAUGGCCUGAUUACCAUGGAGUCGGAGAUUUUUGACAAAUGCCCACGCCAUGUGGCUGACAACUGGCGCUCAGCCACCAGCAUGGCCAUCCAAUCAGUCACCAAAGGACAUCUGGACGACGCAGCCCUGGAAUGCAUGAGAGGGGUUGAGCAACUCGGCCCCUGUGCAUCUGCUGAUCCCGGAUUGAGAGAAAAGAAGCUGUAUGAACUUUUCCAAAGCUGCGUGGACUUCAAGCGACGCCUCGAGCGACAGACAGAUCGGUAUAAAUUCUCACAUACCUCCUCUGGUCAUCGAUUUAUAUCUGGCACAAUGCAAAGCGUGACGGGACAAGAAGGAGAAGGCACCGUUGUGGAGUUCUCUCUGUGGCCCGGGUUAUGGAAGGGCGACGUUCUCCUCUACCCUGAGACGGUCUGGAGUAAGAUGGACGAAUCUUCCGUGAAGGACCCUACCCCAAGAACAGAAACGGCUCCCAUCCGUCAAGAUGACGCUGGAGCCAGUAGCCAGGUCUCGGGGGCUACUCGCGGCUCCGGACCACUCCGGAUUCGUUUGCAAAACCGGCUUCUCCUUAAAUGA